UCCUCAGAAGUCACUUCGGCACCCUUCCCUUUCUACUGGUUUUGAACCAGAUCAUUCAGCAGCAUGUCCAAUCCCAAAACAAGAUCAUCUUUCAAACCCUCCAGUCCCAAUGCGAAACCCCGCUUCAGAGCCAAACCCAGGCUCUGAAUCUUCCAAUGGCGGUUCGGCAUCAGAACUUCGUGUUUUUGUGAGGAAAAAGAGAGGGAGAAAGACUAUAGAGACUCAAGAAACGAAGUAUGAAGCAGAACCUCUUGACCAAAAACUACGUGGUCCACCUGAAAUCGAAGAAUUUGGGUACAAACAAGUGAAUGGAUCUUUUCAGUCAACGGUGGAAACUUUUCUGAGCAAGCCACGAUUUGAAUCUUUUAUCUGUGAUGGGGUACCUCUGAAUAUCCCUACAGGUGAACCACCUCCAAAUUGGGAAAAAGUCCUUGAAGGAAUUCGCAAAAUGAGGUCUACUGAGGAUGCACCAGUGGACACGAUGGGAUGUGAGAAAGCUGGCAAUUCUCUUCCUCCUAAGGAAAGAAGAUUUGCUGUCUUAGUAUCUUCGCUUCUGUCAAGUCAAACCAAGGAUAACGUUACUCAUGGAGCAAUCCAGCGUCUCCUUCAAAAUGGUCUGCUUGCUGCCGAUACCAUUGACAAAGCUGAUGAAGCAACUAUCAAAGGCUUGAUUUACCCUGUUGGUUUUUAUACAAGAAAAGCUGCUAACAUGAAGAAAAUUGCAAACAUCUGUCUCAUGAAGUAUGAUGGAGACAUACCUAGCUCGUUGGAGGAACUGCUCCUACUUCCAGGGAUAGGCCCUAAGAUGGCUCAUUUGGUUAUGAAUGUUGGGUGGAAUAAUGUUCAAGGGAUAUGUGUUGAUACUCAUGUGCACCGGAUUUGUAAUCGGCUUGGAUGGGUAUCAAAGUCCUGCACAAAACAGAAAACUUCAACACCUGAGGAAACAAGAGAGGCAUUGCAACUGUGGCUUCCAAAGGAAGAAUGGGUUCCAAUAAAUCCUCUUUUGGUAGGAUUUGGACAGACUGUUUGUACACCCCUCAGACCUAACUGUGGAAUGUGCAGUGUAAGUGACUUCUGCCCAUCUGCAUUCAGGGAGAUCUCGAGGUCACCAUCCAAGUCAAAAAGGUCUAGUCUGAGCAAGAAGCUUUGAUCAGCUUGGUUCCCAUAAGGCGUUUGAAUAUGUUUUGUGUACAUUGCAGUCCGGAAGGGUAGACAGAUGUUUUUCACUUUCUUUUCCUUUUGAAUAUGCGUUGUGUUUUCCGCCUAGUAUCAUACAUUGACUGCAUAUGUAAUUUAGGAGGAAGACAGUUUACCAUUGUAUAUUGGUGAAAGGGAAUAGGAGGAAGGCAAAUUCAGCAGGCAAAACUUUUGUUAGGAGCCCGACAUCGAACUAAGUUUGCAAUAUAUAUUCAGCAGAUUAAUGUA